AACAAUAAUAAUGAUAAUAAAUAAUGAAAAGGUUAAACCAUACAUACGUAUAGGUAUACGACUUCUGUUAUUACAAGUACAAUAUGUAUUUAUCGAUACAUGAUGUGCGCAUAGGUACAUAAAUUGAUUUAUUUAUUUAUUUAUUUUUUUUCAUUCAAUAUGGCGAGGUGCAUGACGUUGAUGUAGCGCAUAAAACCAAAUUAUAAUUUAAAUGAAAAGUAAAAAUACAAAGAAAAAAGAAAAUUAUAAAACAUGAUAAAGGUAUUUCUAAGUCGUCGAAUAGAGCAAAAAAACGAAACCAAAAAAUAAGAAAAAAAACCAAAGAAACAAACAAGAACAAACUCAAUAUAGAAAAACAUCUAAUAACAGAAGACAGCUUGUUAUUAUUAUUAUAUUAUUUUUUUAAACCAAUUUUUUUUUCUAAUUUUCUAUUUUCAAUUCGUGUAUAUGGUGUAAAUAUGUAUAUGCAUACAUGGUUACUAUGUAUUAGGAAAUUCUGAAGCAUAAUAGGUUCAUACAGGCAUGUAUAGCUGUUAGUAUGGUUGUUGCCAUGAAAGUCAUCAUCAUUAUCAUCAUUAUUAAUAUCUGUAUUUUCUUCAUCUCCGCCAUCUCCUUUUUCUUCUUCUUCUUUCGUCUCUUACUAUUGCUGUUGCUAUUGUAUCCUGCCAGUCUAUAUGCGCAUGCAUAAUUAGAUUAUUAUACAUACCUCUACGUGUAUAUAAUUAAUAUAAAUAUCAUCAGCUGAUACUCUAUUAGUUUUUUUAUUACGAUGAUGAUGGUGAUGAUGAUGGAGGUUCACCGUUCGAUACCAGUACCUAAUUUCCGACUGACGAAUUCCGAUGACAUUUUCAUUAGUUAUUGUUAGUCUAGUUGUGAUAAAUAAUUCAUGAUAUACGUUAUUAUUUUUUUAUUAUUAUUCAAAAGACCACAUGAGAUGAGAACAAUAAUUAAUUGCCAUAUACUACAUACUAUGUGAUAUACCACAUUAGAUAUAAUAGCUCGAUUAUUCAUAAAUGUGAUUAUCAAUAGUUCCUCAAAGAAUAAUGAAAUAACUAUAUAUAUAAAUAUGAGAACGAAACAUACACACAGAUGUACUUAAUUGUACGUACUAAAAAUGUAGCAAUAGGUACACAGAUAAAUGUGCUCUGUACGCUUAAUUAUUUUUUUCUCAUCUUCAAAAAAUGAGCUUAAUUAACAUUACGGUGUAUGUAUGUUUAUUUUAUUAUACAUGAUCGUACGUAAUACAGAAAGAAAAUGGAAAUCAAUAACGAUGAUUAUAACUUGCUUGUUCGAUAACUGUUCUCUCUGUUUGUUUUUUUUUAAUCUUUUUCUUGUAAUACCGCUUUGGUUUUUUAUUCUUGAUUUUGGAUUUUAAUUGUUCCUAUUAUGAUUAUGAUUAUUAUUAUUAUUAUUGGCAAUAUUGUAAAACGAAAUGGUUGUGCGAUGCGGUGCGGCGGGGACGGAUAAUCGUUUAAAUGAUUGUUAUAUGUUUUAUUAAUUUUUUUAUAUUUGAUUUAAUUAGAAUUUAUCUACGUCUAGUUGCGAGGGUCACGUUGCGUUUUGUCGAUACGGAUUAUGAAUUGCUAGAAAUAUACAUAAAAUGGAACAUAUUAAGUGCGUGUAAGUGAAAGCUUUAUGAGUUUGUAUACGUACAGUUUACCUAUAUGUCGGCGAUCGAGAGUUAUUUCAGUUUAAAAAUAUAGUGGGGGGAUAUUUGAGUCUAUUUUCGUAGACCCCGGGCAUGCAGGGGCGGUCAGUUUGCGGACAGGAGAGGAGGCUGACUUCUUACAAGAGCUAAAGAGCGCCACGUAUUUCUCACCGUCGUUUUGAGAGAUGAGAAAAAAAAAGCGCAAGUAAAAAAGAAGAAGCCAACAAGAGAAAAUAAGGGAAUAAAAUAAAAUAAAAUAAAAUAAAACCCCGAUUAAACUUGAAACGCGAGAGAGGGACGGACAGUGCUUACACCCUGGCAUUUUUUGCUCUUUUUCGUGUGCCUCUUCUUGUUUUCCGGGGAUGUAUUUAUUCUAUUGCUAAAUCGGGAUCGUGCAGUUGGUAUUUUUUUUAUUUUUUUUUGUCUCGUGGGAUAUAACGAUUCUUAUAACAUUUAUAAUAAAAAUCGUAAUAAUAACAUUUACAAAAAUGAAGGGGUGAAGAUAAUGUGAGCUUUCAUUGAAACAUCCGUGUUUUGAAAGACGUAUUUUUUAUCUUUUUUUUUUUUUUUCUUUUAGUUCGUUUCUUGAUAAAAUAUCUAAAAUUUGUGCAGUGUAUCUAAAACUUAAGUAAAAUUUUGAAGGCAAAAAAUAGCGUGCAACAGAUAAAAUUAACGCCAAUUGUAUAAUACCGACAUCAUCAUGCUCUGGUCAGACCCAGACGAAGAAGAGGAAGCUCUUUUGUGCAGCCCUGCGCUGAUGGCACGAAGAGCUUCGGAAUCGUGGAUAGUCGCUCCUCCUGUUGAGGCGAUGCCGGUGACAGCGAUGCCCCUGCAACGUAAAAAAUCAUUACCCGAUGUAGCACAGCCCAUACAGCUAUCGGCAAGUUCGCCGUUGUCAAGAGAAGAAGUUAGCGUUUUGAGCAGCGCACGUAGAGAGGAAAUAAGAAGGCAAAUUGACGAGGGGGAGAGAUUGAGGGCGAACCCUUUCCUUUACCUUGUCAGUCCGCAGGUCAAAGACUGGUUUUCCCGACAGCAGCUCGUUAUGCUGGUACUUUUCAUCAACAUAUCUCUCGCCCUUAUGUUUUUCAAAUUAUUAACGUAGCAGGCCGAAGAAAUUCGGAUUAACAAAACCUUUCCUACGCCGAACCUUGUGGUCUGCCUCGCUCCUCGACUGUAGCAGGAGCAGAGUAAUAUAAUUCACUGAUCGUAUACAACGGAAGUGAUAUCCACGAAAACGAUAUUAAUAAUAAUAAGACAAAAGAAGAAAAUUGAGAGAAUUUUUAUCAAAAUGAAGUGAAGAAAAAAAUCAACUCGAUUUGAAAUAACUGAAAAAUAAAAAUUGAGAGAUAAAAGUUCAUCGUAAGAAGAGCAGAAAUGAAAGAAAAUAGAAAAUGAACUCUAUACAUGAAUGACGAUGAUUAGAUUAACAUACGAACACACAUAUAUAUACAUACCCAUAUGUAUAUUAUUAGGUAAAUACAAUAUAAAUCAUUCUCUGAUGUUUUAUCAUUAUACUAUUUUUACACUGACUAUAUAGGAAUAUAUCUAUACAUGUAUUUUAAUGAAUAUACAAGUAUCACCAUCUAUAAUGAUAAGCAUGCAAAAGGGAAUAAUAAAAAAGGGGAGAUAUCUCAGAUUGCAGAAAGAGUAAGGAAAAUAUAGAAAGAAUAAACGGGCGCCAAAAAAAUUAAUAAUCGUAAUACUAAUAAUAAUAAUAAUGAUGAUGAUGAUGAUGAUAAUAAUCGCAAUAAUAAUAAUAAUAAUACCAACGUUAACAAAAUUUACAUGACGCACAAAUUUCAUUAUGAGAACCAAAAAUUAAAUUAAUCGUUGUUUUGUUUUCCUUUUGUUUCUUCUCAUUAUUAUUUGAUCUUUCAUUUUGUUAUUAUUAUUUAUUGUAAUUGUCGUCAGCUGUAUUAUUACUGCUGUCCUUAUUAAUGUUACUUUUUCUAUUGUUAUAAUUAUCAUCAUUAUUAUUGUUGUUGUUCUUAUUAUUGUUAUUAUUAUCAUUAUCAAUAAUUACGUCGUGUGCCUUGUACAGCCUUUCGACCGCGUAGAGUGAAAAGAAGAAACAUCUUAAGAAAACUUAAUUAUUAUAAUUAACAGAACAAUUUUUCUACAUUCAUGAUGAUAAUAAUAUAUGGUAGUGAUAAUAAGCAUCGCUAUUGUAUGUUCAUAAUGAUUGUAUUUUAUUUACAAUUAGUAUAAAUAAAUUAUUAUACAUAUAUAAUAUA